AUGUCGCUGCCCUUGGCGACGUUGAGGGAGCUCCAGAAGCUCUCAGCACUCAAAGCUAAGGGCAUGAUCCUUGAGCGACAGUACGAGGUGAUCAAGAAACACGUGAGGGAGGGCAACUCUCUCACAAGCGAACACUGGGAGGCCUUCGACGUAGCGUGGGACCUGAGAAGCAGCGGCGUGUUCUCGGAAGAAGAUUGGACCACGCAGGUUGAUGGAGACAUCUCGGGCAUCAACAGCGCUCGCCCUACUUUGUCUUCAGAGCACGCUGUCGCGUCGUCUGCAUCCGGAAAGCGGUCAAGCGCAGCAGCAGCAGCAGCAGCUCCGGCGGCGCGCGGGGCCCCGAAUCGAGGAAAGAGACAACGAGAAGACGCCGCCAAAGGCUCUCUGAACAUCUACAACUCGUUCGCUAUUGGCAGCGGGCAACCGGUUUUGAGGACUCGCGCUGGCGUGCAGGAGUAUGUGUCCAGCGUCAGUUUUGCAUCGCCGGCCCCGGCCCCCCGUGUGCAAUGCCCCCACUGUCCGACGACCUUUGUGAACGCACAAGGCCUGGGGCUCCACAUGAAAACCAACCACAGCACGGCGAACGUUUUCCAAGGCCAGCGACUGCAGCGUAUGCUGGGAGACGAUGCGAAAGGGGAUGUUCUACCGUGGGAACGCGCCGGACCUGGGCGCUGUUACCACGUGAAGAUCGAUGGCAUCACGGGGGCAGCUUCGUUCGUCCUCCAGCCGAAGCGUGUCCCCAACAUCGACCUGGAAUCUGACGGCUUCACGCCUGCUGAACCCAGGUCGGCUCGGCGUGGCGCUGCCAAGCGCAAUCGCUACGACUUUAGAUUCAAAGCCCACGUGAUCCAGCAGCUGCGCAUCCUCGAGGAGGACCGCCAAGCUCUCUGGCAGGCCGAGCACCUCAGCCCUAUGCAGUACCUCGAAACCCACAUGAAGGUACCUCGCACCAACAUCAGCAAGUGGGUCAAGGACGAGGACGAGAUCGUGGCGUUCGCCGCAGACGAAGUGAAGCAGACGCUACUCGCGAAACAGCAGCCAAAACGGUGGUUUCCUGCCGCAGAGAGGGAGCUCUUCAAUCGUUUCUUGGCUCGCCGCAAGAAGAAGCUGAAGGUGUCGACCCUUUGGCUCACCGUCACGUUCCGGAAGCUGCUGGAGGAGCACCACCCUACCGACAGCCGGGCGGCAGUGUUUCGACCGUCCUUCCGGUGGAUGCAAAAAUGGGCCAAGAGACACAAAGUGGUACCAAGGCGCCGUUCCAACUUGAAGGCCAAGUCUAUCGAGGAACGCCUGCCGCGAAUCCAGCGGUUCCACCGGAGGUUUCGGCAGCUGAUCGAAGAGCCGGUGCAGCGCAGGAAGGUAGUCUUCCCUGAGGGUGCAUCGCUGUCUUCGGGUGGGACGGAGGAGCCCAGGCUUGAAAAAUACGGGCAGUUCCAGCUGUCGGAGAGCCUGCAGCCCGUCGACGCGGGAGCCGGACGCUUUCUGAAGGUGGAGGUUGGGAAGCGAAUGGAUAUGUGGCUGGAGCAGGCGGACAACAUCGAAAGGUGGGAAAGCAACUCGUUGACGGCGUCUGACCGGCGUGUGCUGAUCACGCAGUGGGUUGGGGCAGCCAUGGAAGAGCUCGACAGCCGCGAGGAAUACCGGUUCCGCCUUUUCGAAAAGUGUGGCAUGGCGAUGACUGUCGACGGUUCAGGCGAUGACCGAAUCACCUUGGAGGGUCUGGACAAGCCGUACACCUUCGCGGGCGAUGGGGACUCCAGCGACGACGAGGGAUCUUCGGAGACUGGCAACGAUGGGUGCGGGGGUGGGGAUGACCAGACGGUUGAGGGCGAGGGGGACCACAGCGGCGAGGGAGUGGAGGACGGCGAUUCCAGCGACGAAGACACUCGUGAGACGGCCAGGGAUCAGAUGGACGAGCUGAGUCUUGUGGACGACGACGACAGCAUGGAAUCGGACGACGAAACCCACGGCAUGGAGAUUCCGGACGGGUUUCACAUUCAAGCAUCUACACCGGCAGCUCUUGACAGUUCGUUACUGCAGCGUGGAGUACUCGUUGGGCUGGGCAUGGGGUGGUUUGGGGGGUUGAUCACUCGACAGUCUCGGAGCGUACUCGCCACAUUUUCGACUACCGUGUGCAGCUAG